UUUUUUCUGAAAUUCGAGUAAAAAGAUGUAUAUGUUAACAUUGUGGCAAUUUACCUGUGAUUGCGAGGAAUGUAAAAUCCAAGUUUUGCAUUCUUUUCAUAGGAAAAAAACUAUUUAUGAUAUGGAAAGGGAGAAACAGGAAACGUGGAUGGAUACGGAGCGGACAAUUUCGGUGCAAAAAUGAACAUAAAAAAAAAAAAUCAACACCACAACAACUCCCAUCAUUCCUUGGAGGCUCAACCAAAUCAAAGUCCAUCGUUUUUAAAUUUUUUUUUUUUUAAAUCUGCCAGAUUUCCAAGGCCAAGAUCAUGCUCGCACGUUGUUUGCCUUGGCGUUCUCCUCCCUUUAUCUCUGCUUCUACAAGUACACGGAAGGUGCUUGGAAGUCUUUUGACAGAUAUACUUCAACCAAGUUGCAAAUUUCAACAACCAGUUAGCCAAGGAAAAAGGGUAACAUUCCCUCAGGGAUUGGUAAAGUUUGUACAGACAUCAUGUCGGAUCUCUGUCCCUUGGGUGUCAGCAAGAAAGACACAAGCACCUUCAAAAUUUUUGAAAGACAAGAAGAUGGUUCCUGAAGCAGAUCCUCCUAGUACUGAAGAUGUCAAUCUCCUGUAUCAACUCUUUGAACAAAGCAACAAGCUUGUGGUAUUGACUGGAGCUGGAAUUAGCACUGAAUGUGGAAUUCCUGAUUAUAGAAGCCCAAAUGGAGCUUAUAGUUCUGGUUUCAAGCCAAUUACCCAUCAGGAGUUUGUACGUUCAAGUCGUGCCCGCAGGCGGUAUUGGGCAAGGAGCUAUGCUGGAUGGAGGCGGUUUACUGCAGCACAACCAGGUGCUGCUCAUGUUGCUUUGGCAUCUCUAGAGAAAGCUGGCCGAAUACACUUUAUGAUAACACAGAAUGUUGACAGGCUGCACCAUCGUGCUGGAAGCAACCCACUUGAAUUGCACGGGACUGUUUAUAGUGUGAUUUGUCUAGAUUGUGGUUUUUCCUUCUGUCGAAAUUUAUUUCAAGAUGAAGUGAAGGCCCUUAAUCCAAAGUGGGCAGCAGCAAUUGAAAGCUUGGACUAUGGCAGCCCUGGAUCAGAUAAGAGCUUUGGCAUGAAACAAAGGCCUGAUGGUGAUAUUGAGAUAGAUGAGAAAUUUUGGGAGGAGGAUUUCCACAUCCCCACUUGCAAGAAAUGCAAGGGGAUCCUGAAACCUGACGUUGUCUUCUUUGGUGACAAUGUGCCCAAGGAAAGAGCAGAUAUAGCCAUGGAAGUUGGUAGAGAAUGUGAUGCUUUCCUUGCACUAGGUUCAUCUUUGAUGACCAUGUCUGCUUACCGACUUGUCAGGGCUGCUCAUGAGGCAGGUGCCACCACCGCAAUUGUGAAUAUUGGUACAACCCGUGCUGAUGAUUUUGUAUCCUUGAAAUUGAAUGCUCGAUUGGGCGAGAUUUUGCCAAGAGUGCUCAACAUUGGCUCCCUCAGUAUCCCUGCCAUUCAGUAAACUAUCAGGAAGGAUUGAGGCAGACAGGUUUGAUGAAUCAAACUCUAGGAUCAAAGGAUUGAUGAAUUUGGGGUUUCAAAUAAGUGGAAUAGCAUGCUUCUUCAGCUGCUAGUGCUGUAUAGAAAUGUGUGAAAUUAUGUAUACAACAGUGAUUUUAAGAGGUAAAUUGGUUUGUUUACUGAUCAAUCAAGCCCUGAAGAAAAACUUUAUUAUGCUAGCGUUCAUUUGGGGGAACCAUUUAUGUAUAUGUUAGUGCACACAUAAAAUAAUCUUUACAACUCAUAUUUGUUUGUUUAUGUAGAGCUUUGGAUAUUUCUUUGUUGUUUUUAUAAGAAAAAACAAAGCGGGAAAAGGAGUUGAAGGAUUAUUUACAUAGUAUUUGAUCUUUUUUUUAAAUGAAAAAAGACAUGAUUCUAGUUUUAUGUAGAUUAAUUAUGUUAGAUCUGGUGUUACAUUUUAAUUA